AUGUUCAGCAUCAGGCUGCUGCUACAGAAAACCUUAAUUCUUCUGCACGUUACUGCGAGCGUUGUUGUCGGCAAAACACUCAUGAUGCUGUUCCCCAACGCCAUGAAAAGUCACAUCCUAAAACAAGGCGAGAAGAGCAGAAUGAACCAGAACCCGAAGUUCAGCUACGAAAACUGGGGCCCGACCUUUUUCAGCUUCCAGUAUUUACUCUUCGUGCUGAAGGUGAAGUGGAAGAGGCUGGAGGACGAAGCCUACGAGGGACAUCCUGCUCCCAACCCGCCAGUGGUGACUUCCCAGGGGGACGUCCGGCUCCUCUUUGACUUCAUGCGAGGUAACCGACCAUUAAUCCUGAAUUUUGGAAGUUGCACCUGACCUUCAUUUAUGUUAAAAUUUGAUGAGUUCAACAAGCUCGUCAAAGAUUUCAGCUCCAUAGCAGAUUUCCUUAUCAUCUACAUCGAAGAAGCUCACGCAGCAGAUGGAUGGGCUUUUAAAAACAAUAUCGUUAUUAAAAAUCACAGAAGCCUUGAAGAUCGAAAAAUUGCAGCACAAUUUCUUCAGAAAAAUAAUCCUUUAUGUCCAGUGGUUUUAGACACUAUGGAAAACCUCAGCAGUUCGAAAUAUGCUGCACUGCCAGAAAGACUGUAUCUACUUCAAGAGGGGAAGGUUAUCUACAAGGUAAAACCCAUCAACAAUAAUGGGCACAAUACAUGGAGAUUCUCAACUUUUAAAAUAAGAAUGUUUUACAUUUUAUGCGAGUAUUUCAUUCUAUUUCAUAGUUGCUAAUUUCACAAUUCACUGUAACCGUGGAAAAAAAGAAAAGGACUUGCAGUAAAACCAGUCUGGGCCUUUACAGCGUACAUAUUUGACGUACACCUCAGUCCUGCUCAAAUAUUUAUCCCAUGGCUCAUUAGAAAACCUAGCUACAUCUAAGCUGUGAGAUCCAGGAACACUCCCCAGCUCCAGGAUCCCAGCAUUGGCCCUGCCCCAGCUACACAGCGGGGUGUGACCUGUGCACACACCAUCUCCCAUGCGACAGCUGCCAAGCAAAAGAAACCCAAGCACACCUACCCACAGCUCUGAUUUAACUGCUGUGCUCUGAAGGACUUCUGCUCUGUGUAUUUGAGCAUUACUGUAUAAUUUUAUUGCCUUUGCAGGGAGGAGUGGGGCCUUGGAACUAUCACCCCCAGGAAAUACGCACCAUCCUGGAAAAACUGAAAUAGAAAAAGAAAGAAGAGGACUUCAGAGUAAAGACUAGCUGGGUAACAAAGCUCAGUGAAUAAGUUUUCAUGGACAUAACUGUUAAAAUUAAAAAAAAAGACAAUUUAAAAAUAACAGAACACCUAGAGAGAGAGUGUGCAUCUAAAGAGCAUUUACAGUGUGGUUCAUCAUCUAGUUGUCUGGAGGUUUUCAAGUCUCAUUGGUACGACCUCGUCUAUCGCGUUCUAGUGUCUUACUGCACUUAUACCACAAGCAGUAACGAACAGUAGCUGAGCUAUUAGGACUGGAUAUCGACAUUUACAUUCCUAAGAAAUAUCAUGCAGGAUAAACCUCAGGGGUGGUGACAUUUGUGAAAGUCAACUGGCAUGCAAAACAACCAAUUUCACAUUAAUAAGUUUCUCUUGUACACAUCUGAUUUUCUUAAAUGUUCACUUCCACAGACUUCAGAAGGCUUCUGAAUAAGACAAUCUCUAUUAACAUUUGUUUCUAUUAAUAUUUGUUAUGACAGUCAUAGCUUAAAGCACAGACAGCUGUGACCUGAUUUUAGAAAAUAUUUAUAGAAACAAAGGAUCGAUCUGCAAUUAUUAAAACACCAUCAGAGCAUCGUACGACUCCAGCUUCUUUUUCCCCACCGGUUAUUUAUAAGUAUUAGUAGAAGUUUAUAUACAUCCUAUUAUUCUUGCACAGUUUCUUUUGAGUUAAUGAGGUUUCCAAUUUUAUAACUUUUGAAGAACUUCUUUGAGAGUAAGAAGUAAUGCCUCCCAUUUAAGUAUUUGACAUUUUUUUCUAUUCAACUCAGGGUGCAAGGGAAACAUCUCACAGGAAACUGGGUUUUAAUUCAUAUAUUAAGAAAGCCUGACCUAAACACAAUGAUUUAAACGGACUUAGCUAUGUUCAAGUAUUCUCGAUAACACUCCAGAUUAUAAAGCUAGAAAGCUGUUACUAUAAUUAAGGACAUCUAAGCACAGAUUCUUAAUUCUGUUAACGAACCAACUGGACAUGUCCUGACUUUUUUCAGAGGUGUCCGCUCUAGCUGAGCCGAGAGGAAGCUGCAGACUUCUCAGUCAUGCACCACAGGUGUUCAUGCUUUCAAUGGAUUUCUGCAUUUUCCUGUCCAAACAGAACUCUGGUUAUGUAUUUAUAAAACUAAUGUUACACAAGCCCCUGGCAAAAGUAUCUAUGCAGUUGCUUACCAAUUAACUGCAUUACGUACAUUAAACUAGUGGUGAAUACACACUACAUCUGUAUCUUCAAAAAACACUUUAAUACAAAGUUUUAAUAAUAUUCCCUGCAAUACAGAUAUCAAAAUAUAAUACAAAAAGGAAAAAAAAAGG